GCAGCAACAGCAUCCACGAGGCGGUGAGAGAUGAGCGUAUACACUCACAACUUCACUGCUGUCCUCAACAUGUAGCAGCAGUCUCAAGCAAUACCUAGAAUGUCAACGUGGAGAAAGUCUCCGAAGUUCUGGAGAAGUAAAAAGAUCCACAUCUCUGCCCAGUUAAGAAGUGAUGCUAUUAAGGUGCUGCUGAGCUUAUUACACCAACGUUGCUGUUUCCUCCCAGACGGGAACACAGAUCAGCCAGAUUCAUGGUGUCCCCCGCCGUACUUCGAUGAAGACAGCUACCCCUCCCCUCCCAGGAAUAUGAAAGGUUUAUCAAGUGGUCGUCCUCAGCUCACCUUCACAUCAGCACACACCUGUGGGCUGCCAGACUGCGAUCAGUCCCUCGACACCUUCCAGCAUGUUGGCCCUGACUCCCGCUCUCCCUACCUGCUCAGUCCGACUGAGAGCUUCCCUCUCGAUCCACAUCGCUGCUCACCUCGCAGCUCCAUCCACUCGGAAUGCAUGGUAAUGCCCGUUUCCAUGGCAUCUGACCACGUUUCCAGCAGCACCUUUCCCAGAAUGCACUACAGUUCACACCAUGACGGCUCGCGGGAUGAUGGCUCCGCCUCUCACGGCGGCGGUGGUGGCGGAGGCGGCGGCAGCAGCGGCGGGUCCGGGAAGAUGAACCGGAUACCUGCAAACCUGCUGGACCAGUUUGAAAAGCAGCUGCCAAUUCACAGAGACGGUUUUCACACACUGCAGUACCAGCGCACGUCUGCCACCACCACAAGCAGCGAGCAACGCAACGAGAGUCCCGGACGCAUCCGCCACCUGGUGCACUCGGUCCAGAAGCUUUUCACUAAAUCCCACUCGCUGGAGGGAUCGUCCAAGAUGAACGGCACCAAGGGAGACUCCCGCUCCGACAGCGGCCACCACCACCAUCACGGACAUCACCAUGGCAACCACAAACACAGCAAAAGGAGUAAGAGCAAGGAACGCAAGUCGGACUCCAAGCAACGCUCAGGGAUAGCAGGCUGGUGGAGUUCCGACGACAACCUCGACAGCGACAGCACCUACCGGACUCCCAGCAUCAUGAGCCGUCACCAUGGUGAUCACAUCACUCACUGUUAUCCGGACAUGGGCCACAGUCACUUCGGUGACCUUUCACUCAAGACCUCUAAGAGCAACAAUGACGUGAAAUGCUCGGCUUGCGAGAGCAUCUCUAUGGCCCCCGAGGGAAAGUUUAUGAAGCGCAGCUCGUGGUCGACGCUGACGGUCAGCCAGGCUAAAGAAGCCUACCGCAAAUCUUCCCUUAACUUGGAGAAACCGGCGAUGCCUCAAGAUCUGAAGUCCUCCAUGAGGCCUUGUCAUUAUUUACAGGUCCCUCAGGAUGAAUGGGGAGGAAAAGAUGAGGAGAUCCCAUGCAGAAGGAUGCGGAGCAGCAGUUACGUCAAAGCCAUGGGUGAUCAGGACAGCGGCGAUUCUGACGGCAGCCCUAAAAAUUCCCCGCAGAAAAGCGUGCGGCCCGGAUCUCUCGUCAAAUCCGUGCUGCAGAGACAACUUUCAGACCAGAGCUCAUACCGUUUGGACAAGUCAAGCCGGGACAUGGUCAAAUACCUCACCAAUUUAACUGCAGAUUUAAGUCAAAGUUACCAUCUUCAGACCUCUAGGGAAAUCCAUCCCAGCAUCACACUGGAACCGUCUCCCAACUACUGCUCGCCUAAGUUCCGAUCCAGGAACCAGAGCUACAUGAGAGCGGUCAGCACCCUGAGUCAGGCCAGCUGCGUCAGCCAGGUCAGCCAGGUGAGUGAGACAGAGGUGAACGGGCAGUUUGAAUCAGUGUGUGAAUCUGUAUUCAGCGAGGUGGAGUCUCAGGCCAUGGAUGCUUUGGACUUGCCGGGCUGCUUCAGGACACGCAGCCACAGUUAUCUGAGAGCCAUCCAAGCGGGAUUCUCGCAGGACGACGAGUGUGUUCCCUCCAUGACAUCAUCCACAGUUACCUCCACCAUCAGGUCCACCACAGGAAUUCAGUUCCGUCUUCCUUCUUCAGGCAGCGUGGACCGUCCGUCCCAACAGCCACCAGCGGUCACCUACACACCCAGUACACCCACCUACAAGAGGACCCCUCCGCCUGUGCCCCCUCGCUCCACUUCUAAACCCCUAAUCUCCAUCACAGCCCAAAGCAGCACAGAGUCCACCCAGGAUGCCUACCACGAGGGACAGCUGGCCAGAGGGGGCCUCUGGGGUUCUGAAGGGUUAAGCCUGAGUUUGGGUCGAGCCCUUUAUAACUCCACAGACAGUCUGGACAGUGCCAAGGCUGUAACCAUCGCCAUGGAAGCGGCUGCCAUGGCAAUGGCAGGAAAGCGACACCCAUCCACAGAUAGCCAUAGCUCAGUAAUGACCUGCGAUAAAGCUGUGCUGGUUUCCAAGGCCGAAGAGUACCUUAAAACACCCAGGUCCUCGAUAGGAAUACAGGUGGAAGCGGCAACUGAUUCUGAGUGUGAAAGUAAAGGCUCCCGAGAAUAUCAUUCAGUCGGGAUUCAAGUGGAAGAUGAGAGACGUCAGGGGAGGUUUAAGCGCUCCAACAGCGUCACGGCCUCUGUCCAAGCAGAUCUCGAGUUGGAGGGUUUUCCUCUCAUGGAGGAUAAAGGACUUCAGUUCGGUGGAGGUUUCCAGCGUCACAGUGAGCCCAGCACACCCACGCAAUACGGCGCGGUACGGACCGUCCGAACCCAGGGCCUGUUCAGUUACCGUGAGGACUACCGCACCCCCACAGAGCCCUCGAGUCCCCAGCGCAGCCCCGAGCCCUGGCUGGAGCCGUCGCCGCGGGAACCCGUUGCCACGGUAGCGGUUACGGUGACGCCGCCCCAACCAUCAGAUUCGGGAAGAGCCUCGCCGUCGUGCAGGAGGGACGGAAGCUGGUUCAUGCAGCUGCUCCACACGGAGACGAAAAAGAUCGAGGGAUGGUGCAAAGAGCUGGAGGGAGAGGCAGAAGAGAACGACCUGUCAGAAGAGAUCCUGGGGAAGAUCAGGAGCGCUGUAGGAAGCGCACAGCUCCUAAUGUCUCAGAAAUUCCAGCAGUUUUAUUGGCUUUGCCAGCAAAACCUAGACCCCAGCGCCAUGCCUCGACCCACCUCUCAGGAUCUCGCCGGGUUCUGGGACCUGCUGCAGCUCUCUAUCGAUGAUGUUACCUCCAAAUUCAAUGAACUGCAGAAGAUUAAGUCCAAUGAUUGGAGACUUAUUGAGAGUCCUGUGAAAAAGCUCCCACCACCUGUACCAAAGAAAACCCUGCGUAAAAGUAUGACGAGAGAAAAAUCUCUGGACCUACCUGACCGCCAGAGACAGGAGGCGAGACGGCGCCUCAUGGCGGCCAAACGCGCAGCUUCAUUUCGCCAAAACUCAGCAUCAGAGCGAGCCGACAGCAUCGAGAUCUACAUCCCGGAGGCCCAGACACGACUCUGAGAGUCACAGAAAACACCAUCAUCACACCCUCAUUAUUCUCAGAGACUAAACCUGUUAAAAAUGCCACACCGCAGUCAUCAGAAAUUUUCAAAACACUAUAGAACUUUUUUCUUUUUUGGAGUGUUAUCAUCUUAGAACACCACUUUAAUGGUGUUGAAAGGGUUUUUUACCUUCUUUUGGAAAAGCCUGGAACAUGUAAAGCCAGUUUGAGUUGCAAUUGUCUCUUAAUGGAGCCAUACAUCGCCAAAAUAACCAUACUGCAUUACAUAUCGCAAUUGUAGACCAGUGUGACAACGAAGUUGCCUCACAGAGUAAUAUUUUACAUAAUCUUUAAUCACACCUGAAUAACGUGUCAAAUCUGAAUCCCUCACUGAGUGUCGCUGAGAACCAUUUAGCACUUUUUAUGAUUAAAAAAUUUAGUUCACGUGAAGUCCAAACUUCAAACGUUACCGUUCCCUUGUUAUUAUAAAAAUUAGGACUCAAUGGAGAAAAGCUUCAAUAUUUGAGAAAUGAAGAUGAACAAAAAUCUAGUUCCAUUUAUUCAGGUGUUAUAGUUUCAUUCUCAUUGAUUCCUCUUCUCUCUACACAGUAAUGUUCUUUUUAUUUUAUUUAAUGAGUUUUCUUCUCAUGAGUUCUCAUUGCAUGUGCCAGUGCUGAAAUACCUCAAUCAUACAUUUUGGAUUGAAGCUGUAGGUCAGAGCAGGAAGUCACAGCCUAAAGAAGUGAUUCUCUUUAUGGGGGUAUACACUAUCCAAUUAGAAGAACUAGAAAGGUGGUUUUCAUUUGUAUUGUUAUAGCACAUAUACACCUAUUACACAUUCAUACUUUUAUGCUUUAUAUCAUUCUAUAGGAACUAGGUUUUUGGAUGCAGUUGCUUAAAACGUAAAUUUUUGCACUUUCUUCUAAAAGUAUGUCUGUAUGUAUUUCCAAGGGAAAUGAAUUUACUGAACUUCUCAAAGAUACUGUUGCAGUUGAAUUGCAAGGUUUUGUGAGACUAUUUAUGAUUUAAUCUCUCAGAAUGUUCCAUCCCUUCAACCUUACGUGGUUAAUUACCAGUCCAAAAAAAUCCUAUUAAGUUCUUUAUUUUGAAAAGGCCAUUUUCCUCUCCAUCUGCUGUUAUCACACAUCUGUCCUGUGAUUUAAACAAAACCUGCUUUUGUGCCUACAUGUAUUUUGUUGUUUAUGACAAAGCGAAUCAAUGAAUCUGUCUGAGCUGAAGGAGAAGGUCAGAGGCCAAGGGUUUCUACUAUUAUCUAGCUGCCUUGAAGGUUACUGAUGGAUGUUUCUUUAGUUUAUGUCAGUUUAUGUUUUCUUUAGUUUAAAGAUUCAGGGAGCUUUUUAUCUCCUAACAUUGAUUGAUGAAAGAGAAACCACACUAUUAAUGUCUGUUAGUAUUUCCGACAGACAGUAUGCCUCUGUUUUUUGUGUAAUUUUGCUGAUUUUCAGAAAAGUAUGUUUUUUUCAUCAAAAGUACUAUUAAGGUUGCAUGCAGUCCACAUACAAUUCCAACAGUAUAAAUUCAACUAUUUAAAUCAAACCUAAAGCUAACAUUUGCAAUCUCACAUUGUUAUAACAUGUUCUUUUUAAAUACCUUAACUUAACAAUCAGAGACAAUUUUAUUGUUUUUUUUUAAUAAGAAAAUUAUGCAAAAAAAUUCACCCAGUGACCCGAGUUUAUUAACAAUAGUGGUGCAGAAAUUAUGACUAUAAUCAAAUAUAAGUGAUUAUUUAGAGUCUAGGUGUUAAAGGAAACCUCAUGAUGGUUAAUUAUAUUAAAUUAUUAAGAUGGAAAAUAAUCAUGCUGCUAUAAAUUGUUAUUCGAUCAAUUAUUAUUUUAUUAACAUCGUUUUAAAAAUACCCAUUAUACCCAGAGAGAGAUUUCAUGAAGUUAACAUACCCAUUUGGCACUAACAUUUUGACUUUUGAACACUAUUAAUAUUAAUCGAAGAUACAUGAACACUUCUGUUUGCAUCUCAGUAACAUUUACAGCCUCUGAAGUGUCACUGCCGACAGCCUCAAAAACCUGUUUCCCAAAGACUGUGUUCAGAAUUCACUGAGCACAACUUGGCAUUUCACCCAUGACAUUAUUCCUUCAGUGAACUUUUUUGUUGUUGGACAUCCUGUGGGAUCUGUGAACUCACCCAAGUUCUGUUAAACCAAUCAGAGACUGUUUUCAUUCAUUUUCUUCACUACUGUAUAUCUUAUAACAGGUAUAGCAAAGUGUCGUCAAGCUCUAGUCUUAAUUCACUAUCUCAUUUCAAAUGAAAAAAGAUUUUAUGUUCUCUGAGGAGACCGCCCUGUAUUUCUUUCUGCUCCAGUGGGCUCUAUAUGGAGGGUAGGCCGGGGAUUAAAGGACAUUAGUUUUAUCACUUCCACUCAACUUUCUUGUAACGUGAUUGUCUCAAUUUCCUUUGCGCGGUGUGACCUUGAGGGAGCUUGUAGUAGGAAGCAAAUAUUUUCUUUUCAUUUCUCUGCAGUAAUCCUAUUCUGCUUUAUGUCAUCGCUCAAACACAAUUACAGCAUUUCAUCUGGAAAAGGCUUGUAAUAGAGUGUCUUCAAGCUAUAGAAAAUGUUAGUUUUAUUUAUCCUUGUGCAUAUUUUUGAGAACAAACCAUCAAGCAUUGUGUCAUUGCACUGGGUGAUAGCUCGGAUUUAAUAGCAUCAAAAGCUUUAUUUGAUCAUUCUUAAGAAUAAAUCAUUUAUAUCUCUGUAGUUUGUAUGUAAUGGAGUAGAUUAAAUGAGUGCUUAUGAUUACAACGGAUGUUCUUCUGGCCUUUCCAAACAAUAACCUCACAUAAAAUCGGCAUGCUUGUACCGAAAGUGUUUUUUUCUGAAUGCGAGAUCAUACUGAGCCAUUGUGUUUCUUAUUUUGGGAAAUUCUAUUUAUUUGAUCUUUUUUCUAUAAAUAGUGAGGAAAGGUGGAUGGUGUCUUUGCUGCUGCAUUGUGAAAUCUGUCCUUUCUAAUCGACUUGUCAAGUUUUCAAUAUGCAAACAUGCAAGCCCACUGUAACACAGGCAGUGUUUAUGUGCCAAAUAUGUUUAUGUGCCACAUGUUUGAACAGUUUCUGCUGUUUACAGAUCCUCAUGUCUUCCCCAUGCUUCCUCAUUAUCAUCAUUUCAACAUGACACGCUGUCUACUUUACAGUGAGCUAAGCUCUAAACACAUAACAAAUGCUCACCUUCUCCUUAAAAACAUUUACUGUAAGAAAACAAAAUCAGUUCAAUUGAUUGAUGGCCACAGUUUCUUCAACAGAGUUGCACUGGGUGCUCAUUUGGUUGAAAUAAGCUUUCAUAAAACAUACAUUUUUAUUGCCAUCUCACAUACGUGAGUAUUUAGAAAAAGACUUAUUCGAAAAGAUUUGUCCUUCAGACCCAUGGUAUUUAAACAGCUAGUGGGCUUUCAGUAGGCUACUUGAGUCUCAUGGACCUGGUCCGAUUCUGUUUUUUACUGUAGAGAAGCUUUGUCUUGGGACUGGAUUAAUCCUGGAUCUCAGAUUGUGAAAAUAUUAUAAAAGCUUAGUGAAAUUAACAAUUGAGGAAGGUAGUUGUUUAGCUGAGAAUAUUUUCAUUUAUUAUACUGUAUAUCAUAUCUAUAUGAAGGGUGAAUAUAAAACCAAAUAUUCAUUAUUUGUACAGAAUUCUAUAAAUAUAAAUAUAUAUAUAUAUAUAUAUAAAAACAUUAUUAUUGAACCUUUGUUGAAGCAAGUUUUUCUGCUCUUCCUUAUUGGUUGAGUUGUUUAUUGAUUUAUUUUUUGGUGGCAUGCACCAUUCUGAUGCUGAAUGUGGGAACUCCUGCUUCACUGCUUUUCCAAAUGACUUUUUGAAGGUUGUUUAUUGUUAAUUACAGUUCAUUUUAUUUUUUAUGUAUUCAUCAAAUGUUUCAAUUGUUAUUAACACAGAUUUGACCUGUUUAGAUUUGCUUUUGCUCA